AUGUUCGGGGCGGGGGAAAUGGUUGGCCUGGCAUCACCAUGACAUUGAUUGGGGGGUUGCUUUGUUGCUGGCUGACCUCAUUCGUCAUUCAAGACAUUAUCAAGGAGUUACAGAAAGUGCGCACCAUCGAUUGAGCUUGAGCGAGGACCAUCAGAACCACACGCUCAAAGUGCCUUUUCCAUUUAAUUGUGGCAGGAGUUUUACGGGGCUCGACUAGGAAUUAGGAACUAUUGUGUGAUAAAGUGUAGCUACAAUUAUCAGUCGAGAUGCAGCUAAUAGAAGCUACCUAGACGAUUUGUUUUCCGUGUGUCAUUUCGCAAGCUGUUCAACGGGGUUCGACCCUUAUCCUGAAAGGGCCGUUGUGCAACCGUAGGCGCAGUAGCGUGGUGCGGGGCAAGUGUACACAAACCUUACAUAAGGCACUGCGUGAAGCGAGAGAGAGAGAGAGUCAUAUAGACAAACAAACAUCGAUUGACGAUCACGAUACGAUCGCAUCGAGACAAUCCGUCCAGUGUGGCCAGCUAGGCUCUUUCCCCCGGGAGUUUGUUUGAACGUACGGUGCCGUGAAAUGAAUCCUGUGUUUCGUCAGCUUUCCGCAGCUCUUUUGAGUGGCAGCUUGAGAGGUACGAUAAGAUUAGGCUCGAACGAUCUACGACAGCUGCUCGCCUUCACCGCUAGACCAGUCACUUGGGAGCCCCAUCGAAGGUACUGCUGCUUUGAGAUGAAACCGAAAGUGUACGUAACGCGGAACGAUUACGCCAGAAUUGGGCUGGACCUGCUAAGGGAAGAAUGUGAUAUUUCACUGUGGGAUGAAGGUUAUCCGGUGCCGAGGGACGAAUUUCUUAAGAAUGUUGCGGGCAAGGAUGCGAUCUACUGCUCGCUGAAUGAUCGCAUCGACAAGGAGCUGCUCGACCAGGCAGGGCCCAAUCUCAAAGUCAUCUCCACCAUCUCUGUCGGGUACGAUCACAUCGAUGUGAAGGAGUGCAAGCAGCGCGGCAUCCGGGUCGGCUACACACCCGACGUGCUGACGGAUGCAACGGCCGAACUGACGGUGGCACUACUGCUGGCAACCGCGCGCCGCAUGUUCGAGGCCAACAAGCAAGUGCACACGGGUGGCUGGAAGUCUUGGUCGCCAAUGUGGAUGUGCGGUACCAGUGUGAAAAACUCCGUCGUCGGCAUCUUCGGGUUCGGUCGCAUCGGCCAGGAGGUUGCCAAGCGGCUGGCACCGUUCAAACCGUCGCGCAUUCAAUUCACCAGCCGGACGGACAAGUUUCUCACGGCCGAGGAUCUGAACGUUACGCAGGUUCCGUUCGAUGAGCUGAUCGAAACGAGCGACUUCCUCAUCAUCGCCUGCUCGUACAACGUGGAAACGGCCAACCUGUUCAACGAUGCCGUGUUUUCGCGCAUGAAACCGUCGGCCAUACUGAUCAACACCAGCCGGGGCGGAGUGGUCGAGCAGCACGAUUUGAUUCACGCGUUGCGGGCGGGCAAAAUACAGGCCGCCGGGUUGGAUGUGACCACACCGGAGCCGCUUCCGCUCGACAGCCCGCUGCUCACGCUACCGAACGUGGUGGUGCUGCCCCACAUUGGCAGUGCGGACAUCGAGACACGCAUAGAAAUGUCGCGCAUCACCGCAUGCAACAUACUGGCCGGACUGAAGGGCAUCCGAAUGCUGUCGGAAGUUUAGGGAGCUAGGGAAGCAGGGAAAUAAAAUACCGAUUUCAACUCAUCAA